CAUUGCGGUGUAGGCUACCAUGAGCACCUUAAAGAGAGCAUCUCGACUGGUUCAGGAGGAGAGCACGGCACUGCUGGCUAAUAUGCAAGCGGUCAGAGCUUCGACGAGAAACAACACCAACAUCACGUUGAUGCAAUAUUCCGCCGCACAACGGCGUUCAACAUCAACAACCAUCGCGGUGGCCGAAGUGGCCGGGGCAUCACCUCUGCGCCCUGUUCGACUCCCAUCAAAUGCCGGAAGUAUGGCGGAAAAAUCGUACUCUUCCUUAUCCGUUGCGUGCGGAAGAAUAGUGGUAGGCGCGAGGUUAGACACGUGUUGCGGCGGUGGCAGCGGUAGGAACAGGGGCAGCAGUUUGACCGCACGUUCGUCGGCACCGAUGGGAGGCGCCAGCAUUAUUGGUACGGGGGCGGGAGAGACGGUAGCAUCCACGGGUGUCGUGUCGAUGCAGAGGCAGGGCAUGUCAUCGACGACCAUGUCGGAGCAGGAGUUCCACUCGGUGGCCGACGAAGCCCUCGAGGAGAUCCAUGACGCUGUGGAGGAGGCUCUGGAAGAAGGCUUCGAGGACGACUUCGACUGCAACAUGUCGCAAGGCGUCUUGAACAUCGCCGUGGGUGACCGAGGCACAUGGGUACUCAACAAGCAGUCGCCUAACCGCCAAAUCUGGUGGUCGAGCCCGAUCAGUGGGCCGAUGCGGUUCGAGUACCACGAAGAGGCCAAGCGAUGGUUGAAUACUCGGGAUGGCGAGACCGAGCUGCGGGUCAUUUUGGCGACGGAAAUGAGCGAAAAAUGCGGUGUUUCUGUCUAA